UAUUCAAAAAAGAUUUUUGUAAUACAUACGUAUUGGUUAUGAUGGAAUUGUAUGCAUCUAAGUAAUUAACCACAGGUAGAGAGAAGAUAUACUUCUUCUCGGGGUUUUCCGAAUUGCAAGGCAAUGUCUGAAGCGCCUGCUUCCAACAACAACAUGGAGAAGACGUCGUCGGAGCUUCCACCGGACCUCUUCAUGGAGAUACUAUCGUGGAUCCCCGCUAGUGCCCUCUUGAAGCUCCGGUGUGUACGCAAACACUGGUACUCCAUGACAACCGAUCCUGUCUUCAUCAGAUUUCACCUGCAACGACAGCAACUCCUCCCUCAAGUUACUUCCAUCCUCACAUUUCACCGACACUUUACCAACGUUAGAUCUCUCUUGUCGCGCCUGGAUGUAGUUGAUGCACCGUGGGUUGCAAAGCAUGUCGCCGUCUGGCACAGCCGCCCACUGCUGGUCAUGUCACCUCCUUGCCAUGGAUUAUUUUGCCUCUACCACAUCUACAUGGAAUUGGAUGUUUGCUUGUACAACCCCGCCACCUGCAAAAGCUUCUCCUUACCGCAUAAUUUUACCAGUGUAAAUAUAAUUCUUUCAGACUUUUGCUUAGGAUAUCAUCCGGGUUCAAGACAGUACAAAGUUAUCCAUACGUUCUGCACCCGAUCGACCUCGUUGGCGAUGGAAGCACUCACUGUUGGUGGAAGUACAUGGAGGAAGGUGGAAGUGAGCAGCGCUCUUGCUAUGCUUACUUUGUUAAAUUGGGGAAGACCAAGUGCAACUGGAACUAUGUAUUGGCUUGCACAAAACAACGUCCUGGAAGACAUUAUUCUCUCUCUUGAUCUAGACAAUGAAAGGCUCACACAAGUUCCUUUUCCAGAUAUUAAACGCCAACAUGAGAGAGGUAACAACUCAUUGAUAGAGAUGGAAGGCACCAUUCAUUUGGCUAUCCAUUGGUUCGCCAUGGUAGACUGGAUGGAUAUUUGGAUGCUGCAAGAGUCGGGUGCCCACCGAGUGUGGAUUCAUAGGUUUCAUCUCCAUCUGUGUGCAUUGCCGACGGGAGUACGCCAGGUGGAGAGAGUUUUACGUCCUCCUAUGCCUCUUCUCAUAAACCAGGGCAAGAUUCUGAUACGUGACUAUCGAAGAUUAGUUUACUACGAUCUGGUGAGCAAGGGCUUGCAGCAUGAGGAGGUAUUUCAUGCUUGUGAUGAUUUCAUUGCUUUUGUCAUCGUUGAAAGCCUUGUUUCAUUUUAGAAUUUGAUGCAUGACCAUUCUUAGCGCAUAGCUAUCUCUUGCUAGGGGUCCCUAUUGAUUCAUUUUCUUGGAAGUUCUUGCUAUGAAUCGGUUGCUGAAUUAAUUAUGAUGUUUUUUAUUGAUUUAAA